CUUCAAAAACUCCAUUAACACACAAAUACUUGAACAUAAGAUGGGAAGAGCUCCAUGCUGUGAAAAGACGAGUGUAAAAAAGGGCCCAUGGAGUCACCAAGAAGAUCGAAUCCUCAUGGAUUAUGUUACCCUCCACGGUCACCCGAAUUGGCGUGUUCUUCCUAAACUCGCCGGGUUAAUGAGGUGCGGGAAGAGUUGCAGGCUUAGAUGGACUAACUAUUUACGACCGGAUAUUAAAAGGGGAAACUUUAGUAAAGAAGAAGAAGAAACCAUCAUGCAAUUACACAAAGAAAUUGGAAAUAGAUGGUCAGCUAUUGCUGCAAGAUUACCUGGACGAACAGAUAACGAGAUAAAAAAUGUGUGGCACACACACUUAAAAAAGAGAGUAAAACAAAACCCUAACCCUAAUGAUGCUAACACCUCAGAAUUUCAACAAAAAACUGAAGAAUCUAAAGAACAAGGCGCUGGAUUAUCGCUAUUAGAAACGAAUUCAAGUAGUCAAGCGAGUUAUAAUCAAAUUGAUUCGCCACAACCUUCGUGCACUGAUGUGUCUUCAAUGACCACAAGUACAAAUGAUCAUAACUUGUGCAUGGAUGACAUGGUUUUAGAGAACUUCCCGGAGAUGGAUGAUGAGUUUUGGUCGGAGGUUUUCUCCGGUGAGAGCUCCGGCGAGUUGACUGGGUUCCAUGAAAGCAUUGGUCAACUUCAAAGUGGAUGUGGGUAUGAGUCAAAUAUGCACGAUGACAUGGACUUUUGGUUCAAUAUGUUCACAAGAGGAGAAGAAUUGCCACAAAUGUAAAAGAUGAGAAAGUGGACUUUAAUUCUAACAAUUGUAGUUGUACGUAUUUUUGGUGUAAAACAACUAUUAUACUUGUUAAAACAUAAAUAAUAACAUUUAUGAUUAACUUUAGAAAAAGGUAUUUUC